AUGACCCUAUCUGACUCCCCAAUCUCACACGUAGCGUCCUCUGACUUCAUUCACUCAUCAUCAGCAGAAGUCAUCACUCCAGCUUAUACUGCAGCUCCACCGCCGCCGCCGCUGACACCAUCACCUCCACCAUCACCAAUGUCUGAAUUGCACCAGCCAGCAGCGUCAUCAGCUCCUACUGCUGUUCCAUUGCCACCCCUGUCAUCAUUACAACUGAAUCCAGAAGCAGAAGCACCAGCAACAAUAAUACCAGAACCAACAACAUACGCCAAAGCUGUGGCCGCACCAGUCACGUCUGCAUCAGCUUCAACCCCACUCAAUCCAGGUAAGAAGACUAAGAAAAGUCGUUCUAAAUCGCGCCCCACUCCACCGUCAAUAUCCUCUAACACUCCACCCUCAAAUGAUCCCUGCAACCCACCUAGGACAGAUACCAUAUCUAUCUCUGACACCCAGCUGAUGGCCCACAAGCCUCACACGCCAAAGCCAUUGGAGUGA